AAUUUUCGGGGUGUUGUUGGGGUAGUUUAAAAAAAGCUUUUAGACGACCUCCAAAAUUUAUAAUUGACGCAAAACAUAUAAAAUUUUUAAAAAUAUACAAAAGCAAACAUGAUCGUGUAUGGAGGUUUACGCGAAAUUAUGCAUUUCGAGGUGGAUGCGUACUAGCUGCUCUAAUGCCUGCAUUACUAAGCUUCUGUUUGCGAUCUCAAUAUUCCUCAAGGGCUUUAAAAACAGGUGUUUCAGCCUUGGAUUUAGAUCUUUUAAUAAGGGUGAAUCGUCGGGGAAUGAUCAUGUUCGCUCCUGAUCACGCCACGGGCAUAUCUGCCUCAGUCAUAGGAGAUCCAAGUCUCGACCUUAGACAUGUGGCCACAAAAAUUUUAAAAAUAAUCCCAUGCGUAGAAUUUCCCGGGCCGGCACCUCAAGCCUUAGCCAAUGGCACACAAACACUUUUG